GUGGCAGCGGAGGGUGGGGGCCGCGGGGAGAGCGAGGCAGCGGAGAAAGGGGCGAACGCCGAGCACCGCGGCCGCAAGGCGUGCGCCGCGCGCAGCAGGGAGGCGGGGGGCGGGCAGGCGGCGGCCCGGGGAGGGGAGUGCGUAGCCGGGACCCGCCGGCACACGCCGCCCCUGGCAGGCGGCCUGAACGCGCACGGGGAGCCGCCGCCGCCGCCGCCGCCGCCGCCGCCUCUCGGGGUCGCCUUGAGCCCCAGAUUCCCGAGCGCUCGGCUCUCAUGGCAGCCGCCUCGGCUCCGGUCCUCGCGGCCCGCUAGGGGCGGCCCCGCGCCCCAGCUUGGCUCCACGGCGGAGUCCGUCGGAUCCGGCCUCGCUCUGCGCCCCGAGCGCGCCGCUUCCCAGCCGGAGCUUGUGCUGUCCCACAGGUGUCCGCACGUCCGGUCGUCCAUCCGUCCGUCCUUCUUGGGGCCGGCGCUGACCAUGCCCAGAGGCUGCCGCUGCCUACAUCUCAUGUGCCUGUUGUGCAUCCUGUGGGCACUGGUUCAUCCUGCCAUAGCCGAUGACUGCAGUUCCCACUGUGACCUGGCCCACGGCUUCUGUGAGCCUGACGGCUCCUGCAGGUGCGACCCAGGCUGGGAGGGGCUGCACUGUGAGCGCUGUGUGAGGAUGCCUGGCUGCCAGCACGGUUCCUGCCAUCAGCCCUGGCAGUGCAUCUGUCACAGUGGCUGGGCGGGCAAGUUCUGUGACAAAGAUGAACACGUCUGUACCACGCAGUCUCCCUGCCGGAACGGAGGCCAGUGUGUGUAUGACGGCAGCGGCGAGUACCACUGUGUGUGCCCACCAGGCUUCCAUGGGCGGGACUGUGAGCGCAAGACCGGACCCUGUGAGCAGGCAGGCUCCCCAUGCCAGAAUGGCGGGCAGUGCCAGGAUGACCAGGGCUUUGCCCUCAACUUCACGUGCCGCUGCUUGGCAGGCUUUGUGGGUGCCCGCUGCGAGGUGAACGUAGACGACUGUCUGAUGCGGCCUUGCGCUAACGGCGCUACCUGCGUGGACGGCGUAAACCGCUUCUCCUGCCUCUGCCCCGAGGGCUUUGCUGGACGCUUCUGCACCAUCAACCUGGAUGACUGUGCCAGCCGCCCAUGCCAGAGAGGGGCCCGCUGUCGGGACCGUGUCCACGACUUCGACUGUUUGUGUCCCAGCGGCUAUGGCGGCAAGACUUGUGAACUAGUCUUACCUGUCCCAGACCCUGCCACCAUAGCAGACGUCCCCCCGGGGCCCACCUCAGCGAUGGUGGGGCCUGCCACGGGGCCUGCCCCUCACAGUGCAGGGGCUGGUCUGCUGCGCAUCUCAGUGAAGGAGGUGGUGCGGAGGCAGGAGGCCGGGCUGGGAGAGUCUGGCCUGGUGGCCAUGGUGGUGUUUGGGGCGCUGACUGCCGCCCUGGUCCUGUCCACGGUGUUGCUGACCCUGCGGGCCUGGCGCCGGGGUGUCUGCCCGCCUGGACCCUGUUGCUACCCUGCACCACACUACGCCCCGGCACGCCAGGACCAGGAGUGUCAGGUUAGCAUGCUGCCUGCGGGGCCGCCCUUGCCGCCUGCCCUGCCCCCUGAGCCUGGAAAGACCACAGCACUGUGAUGGACGUGGGGGCUUCCGUGCCCCCUCCUUCACCUCCUCUGCCCCUCAGACUGGAGUGGUUCUCUCUUGCCACCCCUCAGCAGCCUCACACAAGAAAUACUAUUUUUUUAAUACACAGACUGUAAGAUGGGAAUUUUAUCCAAUAAAAGUAUGAAAUUAUAA